AUGCAAAUUUUUGUAAGAACUCUCACAGGGAAAACCAUCACUUUGGAGGUAGAAUCAUCAGACGCAAUUGAAAAUGUUAAAGCUAAAAUCCAAGAUAAAGAGGGAAUUCCACCAGACCAGCAAAGUUUGAUUUUAGCUGGUAAGCAAUUAGAAGAUGGCAGAACUUUAUCGGACUGUAAUAUCCAAAAGGAUUCUACACUUCACUUGGUGCUUAGACUGCGUGGUGGUAUGCACAUUUUUGUUAAAACUGUGACUGGUAAAACAAUCACACUGGAAAUUGAACCAUCAGAUACUAUUGAGAAUGUUAAAGGUAAAAUCCAAGAAAAAGAAGAUAUUCCACCCGACCAGCAACGUCUAAUUUUUGCCGGCAAACAAUUAGAAGAUGGCCGAACAUUAUCAGAUUAUAAUAUUCAAAAGCAGACAACACUUCAUUUGGUACUACGUCUUCGUGGAGGUAUGCAAAUCUUUGUCGACACUCUGACUGGCAGAACCAUAACCUUAGAUGUUGCCCCCUCUGAUACCAUCGAGAGUGUAAAAGCAAAAAUUCAAACUAGAGAAUACCUCCAGAUUACACUAGAUAAGCAGCGUUUAAUCUUUGCUGGUAAGCAAUUAGAAGACAAAAGAACAUUGUCAGACUAUAACAUACAAAAGGAAUCUACUCUUCAUUUAGUUCUUAGAUUGCGUGGUGGUAUGCAAAUCGGAAUAUGCUAG